AUGGCUGACCCAGUGACAACUCAACCAAUACCUCCAGGUUAUGGUGCUCCUCCACCAGGUUAUGGCCCUCCUCUUGAGCCAGGUUAUGGCCCUCCCCAACCAGGCUAUGGUCCACCUCCCCAACCAGGCUAUGGUCCACCUCCCCAACCGGGCUAUGGUCCUCCUCAACCAGGCUAUGGUCCACCUCCUCAGCCAGGCUAUGGUCCUUCCCAACCAGGCUAUGGCCCUCCCCAACCAGGCUAUGGUCCACCUCCUCAGCCAGGUUAUGGUCCAACUCCACCACAGGGGACACCAGUAGCUCCAGGUCAAUGGAUGGAAAGACCAGAGGGGUGUGAGAGUUGUCCACCUGGCCUGGAAUAUUUGACUUUGAUUGAUCAGAUGUUGGUCCAGCAACAAGUUGAACUGCUCGAAGCUUUUACUCAAUUUGAAACACAAAAUAAAUACAAGAUUGUCAACAUUAUGGGCCAGCAGAUCUAUUUUGCUGCUGAAGAGUCAGAUGCUUGUAUGCGCCAAUGUUGUGGAAAUUCUCGUGGUUUUAUAAUUCAUAUCACUGACAACAUAGGCAGGGAUAUAAAACACGAAAAAGAUCAUUUCUUUAAAGAUUUCUUCAAAUUUGGUUACCCAAAUAAGUCUUUUCUCCUCCUCUUUCUCUACACUUCCUCUUUUUUCUUUCUCUUUUUCCCUCUCUUUUCUCUUUUCCUCUCUUUUCUCUUUUCCUCUCUUUUCUCUUUUCCUCUCUUCUCUCUUUUCCUCUCUUCUCUCUUUUUUUCUCUCUUUUAUUUCUAUCUCACUUUCUUCUUUUCUCUUUUAUUUCUAUCUCACUUUCUUCUUUUCUCUUUUAUUUCUAUCUCACUUUCUUCUUUUCUCUUUUAUUUCUAUCUCACUUUCUUCUUUUCUCUUUUAUUUCUAUCUCACUUUCUUCUUUUCUCUUUUUUCUAUCUUUUCUUCUCUCUUUUAUUUCUUUUCUUUUUUUUUUCUUUUAUUUCACUUCACUUUCUUUUUUCUUUUAUUUCUAUCUCACUUUCUUCUUUUCUCUUUUAUUUCUAUCUCACUUUCUUCUUUUCUUUUUUUUUCUCUUUUAUUUCUAUCUCUCACUUUCUUUCUUCUUUUCUCCCUCUUUUCUUUUCUCCCUGUUUUGUUUUUUCUUUCAUUUUUUUCCUGUCUUCUUUUUUCAUUAAAUAUCAUUGGGAACAGUUCAUUUUUUUCCCACUUCAUUCAGAAAGAUCAUUCUCAAGUGAUCACAACAGCUAUCAUGAAGUGAUGAGAGUAAUUCGAGAAUUCAAAUGUUGUGUUGGUUGCAGUUGGUGUGCUUGCUGUGAGGCUUGUGCUCUGACGGUCACCGUGGAAGCUCCUGUCGGAACUGUCGUUGGAAAAGUCAAACAAACGUGUAGCUUUUUAGAACCAUCUUAUGACAUCACAACUCCUGAUGAUGAAGUUAUCCUCAAAAUUCAGGGACCCCUUUGUAUAUGGCAAGGGCCCUGCUGUGUUGGUGACCAAAAAUUCAAGGUUUACUCUUCAGAUAUGAGCAGCAAAGUAGGAAAAAUCAGUAAACAGUGGACAGGUUUGGUGAAAGAAGUCUUUACAAAAGCUGAUAACUUUGGAGUUUCUUUCCCAAUGGAUCUUGAUGUGAAAAUGAAAGCUACAAUGAUUGGAGCUGUAUUCCUAAUUGAUUUCAUGUAUUUUGAACAACCUCAAAACCAAAAUCAUGACUGA